GGACAGCCAGGGUGCAGGGAGCCAGCAGACAAGUCUGUGUGUCUGCCUCGCUCACCACCCUCACUCUGCACCAUGGGGAAGGACAGGCUGCCCGGUGGCCCGAGCAUCUUCCUCCUGCUCCUCUUCCUCCUCCCUGGAGACACCUCGCCCACCACCGAACCGCAGUACAUGGUGCUAGUGCCCUUUCUGAUCCACACCAACGGUCCUGAAAAGGUCUGUAUCCAGCUGACCCACCUGAACGAGUCUGUGACGCUGAGCGUCACGCUGGAAUACGCAGGGGAGAACAGGAGCCUGAUCGCAGACGUGGUGUCGGAGAAGGACGUGUUCAAGUGUGUCCCAUUCACAGUUCCAAAGUCCAGCAGCUCAUCAGCAGCGUUUCUCACGGUGCUGGUGAAGGGGCCGACGCUGGAGUUCAGGAGCCGGAAAUCGGUGCUGGUCAAGAACUCAGAGAGCCUGGUCUUUGUCCAGACGGACAAACCCGUCUACAAACCCGGACAAACAGUUCUGUUUCGGAUCGUCUCUCUGGACGAAGACUUCCGUCCCCUGAAUGAGAAGUUUGCACUGGUCUUCAUCAAAGACCCACAGAGGAACCGCGUGUACCAGUGGCGAGAGGUGGAGUUAAAUGGGGGCCUCACCCAGCUCUCCUUCCCCCUCACCUCCGAGCCCAUCCAAGGCACCUACAACGUGGUGGUGCAGAAGGAGUCGGGGACCAAUCUCGAACACUCCUUUACUGUGGAGGAAUAUGUGCUGCCCAAGUACGAGGUGUCAGUGAAGCUGCCCAAGAAAAUCACCAUCCAGAAUGAGGAGCUGAAAGUGGCCGUCUGUGGUCUAUACACCUAUGGGACCCCUGUCCCCGGCCUGGUGAAUGUCCGUGUGUGCCGGAGAUUCUCCCAGUCCAGGUCACACUGCUAUGGAAGAGAAGCCGAGGCUGUGUGUGAGGAAUUCACCAGACAGGUGAGUCCAAGGCCCAUCCCAUAGGCAGGAGGCAACUGUC